GCUGUCUCUCCCCACCAACACCCCACCACUGCUCCGAGUCUGUCUGUUGUCAUUUCUCACUACUACUACUCACUACUACUACUACAACAAAGUUUUCCAGAAUAAAUUCCUCUAUAACGACCUCUAUCAUUUCAAUCCUACCAGUUACAUUGUGAUCCACCCCCAAUUGCAACCAUGGCACGCAAAUUCUUCGUUGGAGGCAACUUUAAGAUGAAUGGCACCAGCCAGUCCAUCAAAGAGAUUGUCAACAACCUAAACCAAGCCAAGCUCGACCCCAAUGUCGAUGUGGUCAUUUCCCCACCCUCGCUCUACCUCCUUUUGACCCGCGAGCUCCUUCGUUCUGGACUCGAGGUCGCCGCGCAGAACGUCUACGACAAGCCCAAUGGCGCCUUCACCGGAGAGAUCAGCAUCUCGCAGCUCAAGGACUCCAGCAUCACAUGGGCCAUCCUGGGACACAGUGAGCGUAGGACAGUCCUCGGGGAGUCGGAUGAGUUCGUUGCAAAUAAGACCAAGGCGGCCAUCGACGCUGGGGUUGGUGUGAUCCUUUGCUGCGGCGAAUCGCUAGAGCAACGGGAAGCCGGCAAGACCAUCGAUGUCGUCACCACGCAGUUGAAAGCGGUUGCCGACAAAGUCAAAGAUUGGUCGAAGAUUGUCGUUGCCUACGAACCCAUCUGGGCAAUUGGCACCGGCAAAGUCGCCACAACGGAACAAGCACAAGAGGUCCAUGCUGCUCUCCGAGAGUGGUUGAAGAAGGAUGUCUCCUCCGAAGCGGCCGAGAGCACCCGAAUCCUGUACGGAGGUAGCGUCAACGAGAAGAACUGCGGCGAGUUGGCGAAGCAGCCCGACAUCGAUGGAUUCCUUGUCGGUGGUGCCAGCCUGAAGCCCGCUUUCGUGGAUAUCAUCAACGCAAAGCUGAGCUAAAUGGGUGGGUUUUAGACCCAAGGUCACCUAGGGAUCUAAACAGAGCACUCUUCCACAGUAUCCUUUGCAAGUAAGGCGGUUACAUUGUGAUCUACUGUCCAG